GGAAAGAAGGAAUGGACGGGGAUGAGGGGGGGAUGACGAAUGAGAGACGGAAGGAAAUUGUGGUGUAUUCUUCCAUUCCUGCUUACAAAGAGGAACUGUCGGUGGUUCCUAAGCCGUGGGAGCGUACUUUCUACCAGGCCAGGAAUGUGAUGAUCAGUGAGCUGAAUGUGGUCAACCCCUGCAUGAACCAAGUGCUCAACAUGUGGUACCAACACUACGAUAAGAUGCGUUUCGUGGAUGCUUCUGAGUUCUCCAAGAUGUCUCAUGCUUUGGAACUGGCUUCUUUCCAGGGCAUAGUGAACAAACACAUCGAUAGUACCAAAGAACGACUCCAGAAGAGCUGGUUCCCCGAGAUCCAGAACUUCUACUUCCAAGGAUCCAAGAGACGCACAGUGCCUAACAGUCACAACCCCAAGAAACUCCAAUGCUUCUUCAACUGUGCGGCCGCGCUGAUGACCAGAAAUCUGCAGGUGUUAGGAAUAAACUCCAUUCUGGACUACACUGACUUGUUGUGCAAACAUGAGGAGACGAUAAGUGGCUACCGACACCCUGGCUUCGUCAUCCGACUCAUCCUAGACGGGAACAAGAUCAAGUUCGAGCCAGACUUCCCAGACUUUGAGAAGGUGUUUCUAGAAAACUACUCCUACAUCCAGAAGCCCAUCUCAACUAUACCCAGAGUGGAGACAAAACUCUAUUCGGAUUGGACGGGCAAGAAGGACACUCUGAAGCCUGUGAUUUUGGAGGACAUUGUGUCGAGUAACAAAGUGAGGGUAAAAGACAUGGUGGAACGAGAGAGUGUGGCUCCUAAAGAGUUCAUUGCUGUCUUCGACCAGUACCAGUUCCUCAUUACUAACCAGGCUGAAAAAGACGUGAUGAGUUUUCUAUCAGCUGAAGAUAAAAACUUUGACGAGUUCUGUGAACAAGUUCUGAAAUAUCUGCAGUUGAAAGAAGAGAUCGAAUAUGGACUGAGAAAGGUCACUCGUCUGGGCAUGUUCGAGUUGCACUGUGAUGAUCUGAUCUUCGCCAUGGCCAAGAGGGCAGACUACUUAGCCACCAAACUGGUCCAGAGGAUGUCCAAAGACCACAUUGAGGCCAACAAACGGUUGUGUGAAGAGUUUGAGGAGAUAGCGGAGAAGGCAUUGACCACUCCUGCAAACACUUCUGAACUGAUGGAGUUGAAGGCCUACAUUGAACACGUGGAGGACACCACUGUCUAUGAGUUGGAAAACAGACUCAUACAGGCCAAAGACAGACUGGCCUUCCUGCUGGAGUACUCUGUGUCCACUCCUCAGGACAUCCGGCUGAACAACAGCACCUUCCAGUGGUACGAACGGAUACCCGAGGUGUUUCUGGAACACAAAGUGAUCAUACAGGAGAAACAAAAACAGUAUGAAGAGGCGCUCAAGUUGCGUCGCGAGAGGUUCAUGGAGGAAUUGGACACUUACUCGAAACAACUCGAGGAGUUCUUCGGCUUUGGAGAUUUAGCUGACGUGAACAAGUACCUGAAGAAGGCACAGGCACUGGAACAGAAGUUGGAGUCUGCACAAGAAAAGAUAGAGCAGUUCAACUUGGAGGAGGAGUCUUUCGGGUGGCAGACUACGAACUACCCCACCAGACAGGAACUGUGGAACAAGCUCAUGCCCUACCUCAGUCUCUACUCCAGUAGUGUCAAGUACCUGGACUACUACCAGGAGUGGACGAAUGGAUGCUACAACAAAGUGGACCCUGACUUGGUCGAGUCUGAAGUGGGCAAUUUGUGGCGUCUGCUAUACAAACUGGAGAAAACAGCGGAGUCCCCCGUGGCGAAGGAGAUGGCGGGUAAAGUGAAACAGAAGGUGGAGGACUUCAAAGAGCACCUCCCUCUGGUGUCCAGUCUCUGCAACCCCGGAAUGAGAGACAGACAUUGGUCACAGGUGUCCGAUAUAAUCGGCUACACUCUCCAGCCAGACGAAUCAACCACCCUCUCCUCCUUCCUAGUGAUGAAACUGGAACCCUUCCUGGAACAGUUCGAGAGUAUCUCAGAGGCAGCCAGUAAGGAGUACUCGCUUGAGAAGGCACUGGAGAAGAUGCAGAUUGAAUGGGAUGAGAUUGAGUUUAAUUUGUUGGCUUACAGGGAGACUGGAACUUGUAUUCUCUCUUCAGUGGACGAUAUCCAGAUGUUACUGGAUGACCAGAUAGUGAAGACCCAGACAAUGAGGGGUAGUCCUUUCAUCAAGCCAUUCGAGAACGAGAUCAAAGACUGGGAGUCGAAGCUGAUUCUACUACAGGAGAUAUUGGACGAAUGGCUUAAGGUUCAGGCCACGUGGCUGUACCUGGAACCCAUCUUCUCUAGUCCAGACAUCAUGGCCCAGAUGCCAGAGGAGGGGAGGAGAUUCACGACAGUAGACAAAACAUGGAGAGAUUUGAUCAAACAGGUGUUGUUAGACAAACACGUGUUGGCAGUCACUAACAUCGAGAAGAUGCUGGAAAAACUACGAAAAAGCAACGAAUUCCUGGAACUCAUUCUGAAAGGCUUGAACGACUACCUAGAAAAGAAGCGACUCUACUUCCCUCGCUUUUUCUUCCUCUCAAACGACGAACUGCUCGAAAUUCUCUCCGAGACGAAAGAUCCUACGAGAGUUCAGCCACAUUUGAAGAAGUGCUUCGAAGGCAUUGCGAAGUUAUCGUUCACAGACGUUUUAGGGAUCGUUGGAGUUUUAAGUUCUGAAGGUGAAAUAGUCGAAUUGAGAGACAUAAUUUCGACUUCGAAAGCGAGAGGUCAAGUGGAGAAGUGGCUUCUUGAACUGGAGGCUGACAUGUUAGCCUCUCUCCAGAAGGUCACUGACGAGAGCAGACAGGAUUAUGAAAGCUGUGUUCGGAUCGAGUGGGUCACCAAAUGGCCAGGUCAAGCAGUGUUGUGUGUGUCUCAACUGUUCUGGACUCUGUUUGUGUCGAAAUCAAUUGUGAAUGGAAAACAAGCUCUGAGUGACUAUUUCGAUCUGUGCAACCAUCAGAUCGAUGAGAUUGUGGGUAAGGUGAGAGGGAAGUUGCCCAUGCAGAACAGAGUGACACUGGGGGCACUGAUUGUACUCGAUGUACAUGCCAGAGAUGUCCUGGCUUUGAUCAAGAAAGCGGGUGUGAGUUCGAUCAACGACUUCAAGUGGCUGAGUCAGCUGAGGUACUACUGGGAGGAUGAGAAUGUGAUGACGAGGAUGAUCAACACUCAACUAGCCUAUGGAUACGAGUACCUUGGAAACUCGCCUCGAUUGGUCAUUACACCAUUGACUGAUCGGUGCUACAGAACCCUCUUCGGAGCCCUGAGUCUUCACUUGGGCGGAGCACCCGAAGGACCAGCUGGCACUGGGAAGACAGAGACGACAAAAGAUUUGGCCAAAGCAGUCGCCAAACAGUGCGUGGUGUUCAACUGUUCCGAUGGGUUGGACUACAUAGCCCUGGGCAAGUUCUUCAAGGGGUUGGCCUCUUGUGGGGCGUGGUCCUGCUUCGACGAGUUCAACAGAAUUGACGUGGAGGUGUUGUCUGUAGUCGCACAGCAGAUACUCACCAUUCAGAGAGGAAUUUCUUCCGGCGGUGAGAUGCUUCUUUUCGAGGGCACGGAGUUGAAAUUGAACCCUACCUGUGCAGUGUUCAUCACAAUGAACCCUGGAUACGCUGGAAGAUCAGAAUUGCCGGACAAUCUCAAAGCACUAUUCAGACCAGUGGCGAUGAUGGUGCCGGACUAUGCCCUGAUCUCGGAGAUAGUGCUGUACUCGUGUGGAUUCGUGUCUGCCAGAGCACUGGCUGUCAAAAUAGUGGCCACUUACAGACUCUGCUCCGAACAGUUGUCAAGUCAGCACCAUUAUGACUAUGGAAUGAGGGCUGUCAAAUCAGUCCUAACAGCUGCUGGAAAUCUCAAACUCAAGUAUCCAGAUGAUGACGAAGAAAUGCUUAUGUUGAGGUCUAUCAACGACGUGAACCUUCCCAAGUUCCUCUCCCAAGACCUCCCCCUGUUCUCCGGCAUCACUUCAGAUCUGUUCCCUGGAGUACAACUUCCCAAACCAGACUAUGUGGCCAUGAUUGAAGCUGUGGACUUCCAUUGCCAGAGACUCAACCUACAGAUGACGCAUAGCUUUCUGGGCAAGAUCCUACAGAUAUACGAGAUGAUGUUGGUGCGACAUGGCUUCAUGAUUGUGGGACUUCCUUUCGGAGGAAAGACAUCCGCCUACAGAGUGCUGGCAGAGGCACUCACAACAUUGGCAGAAAACGUGAGUUUUUUUCUAGUGCAAAUCACAGUGAUCAACCCUAAGAGCAUCACUAUGGGCCAAUUGUAUGGCCAGUUUGACCCCAUCUCACACGAGUGGAGUGACGGGGUCCUAGCUGUCUCUUACAGGGCAUUCGCAUCAUCCACUACUUUGGACCGUAAGUGGUUGAUAUUUGACGGUCCGGUGGAUGCAAUCUGGAUUGAGAACAUGAACACAGUGCUGGAUGACAACAAGAAACUCUGUCUGAUGAGUGGGGAGAUUAUCCAGCUGGCCUCCACCACUAAUAUGGUGUUUGAGCCUAUGGACUUGGAAGCGGCCUCUCCUGCUACUGUGUCGAGAUGUGGCAUGAUCUAUAUGGAGCCAGAGCUACUCGGCUGGCACCCCCUCAUGACGUCAUGGCUGCACACUCUGCCCAAGACACUUCGGGACAUACACAAACACACCCUCACUCAGCUGUUCCACAGAAUACUCCCCCCCUGUCUCAUGUUUGUCAGGAAGAGUGGCGCUAAGGAAUUGUCUCCGACCAACAACACCAAUCUGGUCCGCUCUCUGAUGAACUUGAUUGACACCCAAUUGACAGGGAUUGCAGAUGAAAACAAGAUCAAAUCAUACAACGACAAGAUAAUCAACAGCUGGCUAGAGGGAAUGUUCUUCUUCUCCCUCGUGUGGUCUGUGGGGGGAUCAGUGACUAAUGAACCUGGCAGAGUGCUGUUCGAUGGACUACUCAGGGAGCUGAUGAAGGGGCCACUGUCAGAGGAAACCAAAGUGGAAUUGAACCUCCUUCAUGAUGUUGAGGCUCCGGAGAAGGAAUACGUGAUGCGCUUUCCAGCACUGGGAACAGUAUACGAGUACAGAUUCGUGAAAGAGAUUGAUGGAGGCGACACAGCAAAAUUUGCCCAAAAUGAACUCAAAGCCCAUUUUGAACUGUGGGUUGAAAAGAUCAAAGACGCGCCUCCCAUCCCCAAAGACGCCACUGUCAAUCAGAUAAUUGUGCCGACUAUAGACACUGUCAGAGUGCAGACUCUAGCUGAACUGCUGGUGACUCAUCAGAAGGCUGUGUUGUUUGUAGGACAGACUGGCACAGGGAAAUCUGUAUACUUGAAUGACUUUUUGUACAACCACCUGGACAAGGAGAUGUACAAGCCCAUCAUAAUCAAUUUCUCGGCACAGACGAGUGCUAACCAGACACAGGACAUCAUCAUGUCCAAACUGGACAAGAGGAGGAAGGGAGUGUAUGGACCCCCUCUUGGAAAGAAAACUGUGGUGUACGUGGACGAUAUGAACAUGCCAAUGCGUGAGAAGUACGGAGCUCAGCCGCCAGUGGAACUUCUGAGACAGUGGCUGGACCAUUGGCAGUGGUAUGACAGGAAGGACUGCACUUCCAUGAAGUUGAUUGACAUACAACUGGUUGCAUCAAUGGGACCAGCAGGCGGUGGUCGCAACCCAGUCACUCCUCGCUUCCUGCGACACUUCAACUGUAUAGUGAUUGACUCGUUCAGUGAUGACACAAUGAAACAGAUAUUCACCACCAUCAUGAAGUGGCACUUCAAUAUACAUGACUUUCCCGACCAUUUCAACUCACUCGGGCUUCAACUAGUAGACGCGACUCUGGAGAUCUACAAGAAUGCGAUGAAGGCACUUCUGCCCACCCCUGCGAAGAGUCACUACCUCUUCAACUUGAGGGACUUCGCCCGGGUCAUUCAGGGAGUGUUGUUGUCAACAUCUGAGACGGCGGAGGACAGUGCGUCCCUAAAGAGACUGUGGGUCCAUGAGAUCUACCGAGUGUUCUACGAUCGUCUCGUGGACGACUCCGACCGGAAGUGGCUGCACGAGUUCGUGACCAAAGUGACGAAAGAGGUGUUGGGAGAAGACUACGUGGACAUAUUCUCCCGUCUCCUGGCCACUCCCAAUUCAAAGAUUAUAACUGAAGACGAUAUGCGAUCUCUCAUGUUUUGCGACUUCCAGGAGCCUGUUGAUCGAAGAAGACAGAGACAAGCUGAAGCCUAUCAAAACAAGGCGUCUAAGCUGGACCAGAAGAAGUAUGAAGAGGUAUUGGACAUUAGCUACUUGAGGAGUAUAGUGGAGGGAUAUCUUGACGAGUACAACAACCUCAGCAAGAAGCCAAUGAAUCUAGUUCUCUUCAGGUUCGCAAUUGAGCACGUGUGUCGCAUAUCGCGAAUCAUCAAACAGUCCAGAGGCCACGCCCUCCUAGUAGGCGUGGGCGGAAGUGGGCGACAGUCACUCACCCGUCUGGCAGCCCACAUGGCAGACUACGAUCUGUUCCAAGUGGAGUUGAGCAAGGCUUACGGCAUGAACGAAUGGAGGGAGGAUUUGAAAAAUAUAGCGAGGAAGACGGCAGAGGGCGACAAUAAUACUGUGUUUUUGUUCAGCGACACCCAAAUCAAAGUGGAGGCAUUUUUGGAGGACAUUAACAACUUGUUAAAUGCAGGAGAAGUUCCCAAUAUCUUCCCAGUGGACGAAAAACAGGAGAUAUGCGAAAAGAUGCGACAAAUAGAAAGUUGGUUUCUUACUUUUUUGAGUGAAUACAAUUUCAGUGUUUUUCGUCUAGUUAAUAUAUUUUCAAUAGUCUUGUCCAAAAAACCGGUCGGAAAUGACCACAAGAACCGGUUGCGUCUUCCUUUGCGCAAUCCCCUCAAGUAUUACUGCUACUAGGCGUGGCCUGACGAUGCUCUGCAAGCAGUGGCCACUCGGUUCCUGGGGGACAUCGAAAUGACAGAUGAGGUGAGAGAUGGGUGCAUCUCCCUCUGCAAGAAGUUCCACACUUCCACACGGGACCUCAGCGACAGUUUCCACGCACAGCUGCAGAGGUACAAUUACGUCACGCCUACUUCGUACUUGGAGUUGAUCAGCACUUACAAAACGCUCUUGGAUAAAAAACGAACGGAAGUGAUGAAGAUGAAGAGGCGUUACGAGGUGGGACUGGAGAAACUGCAACUGGCAGAAGGAGAGGUGGGGGUGAUGCAGAAAGAGCUGAAUGGUCUGCAGCCCCAGCUGGUACAAGCCAGCAAAGAGGUUGACGAAAUAAUGGUGAUCAUAGAGCGAGAUUCAGUCGAAGUGGCCAAAACGGAGAAAAUUGUGAAAGCCGACGAAGCAGUUGCAAACGAACAGGCAAAAGCAGCGCAGGCAAUCAAGGACGAGUGCAAUGCUGACCUAGCAGAAGCAAUGCCUAUUUUAGAAGCCGCUCUCUCUGCUUUGGACACUUUGACCCAAAAUGACAUUACAAUUGUGAAAGCGAUGAAGAACCCGCCCUCUGGCGUGAAACUAGUGAUGGAGGCCAUCUGCAUCCUGAAGAACUCCAAGCCAGACAGGGUGCCAGACCCCACCGGCACUGGAAAGAUGGUCCUCGACUACUGGGGUCCCAGCAAGAGACUGCUGGGUGACAUGAAGUUCUUGGACAACCUGAAGGCAUUCGACAAGGACAACAUUCCAGUGCAGAUCAUGAAGCAGAUAAGAGAUAAAUUCAUACCAAAUCCAGAAUUUGUGCCAGAGAAGAUCAAGAAUGCCUCGACUGCGUGUGAGGGUCUCUGCAAAUGGGUGAGGGCCAUGGACUCCUAUGACAAAGUGGCGAAGAUAGUGGCCCCGAAGAAGGAGAGUCUGAAGGAGGCGGAGGCUGAACUGGCGGUGGCCAUGGAGGCCCUGGAGAAGAAGAGAAGUGACUUGAGGGAGGUGCAGGAGAAGCUGCAGAGACUGCAGUCCAAACUGGAGGAGAACAAACAGAAGAAGAUCGACCUUGAAAACCAGGUGGAUUUGUGUGAGAAGAAGCUAGAGAGAGCAGAGCAGUUGUUGGGGGGACUGGGAGGGGAGAAGGCGAGGUGGAUCUCCCAGGCGGCCCAGCUGGGAGAGAGAUAUGUGGCCCUGAUUGGGGAUGUCCUCGUGUCCAGUGGCAUCGUGGCCUACUUGGGUGCAUUCACCAGACCAUUCAGAAAUGAGCAGAUCUCUAUCUGGUCUCAGCAGUGUAAGGACACCAGGAUCCCCUGCUCGGACCAGAUCAGCCUCACUGCAACUCUGGGGGAUCCGGUGCAGAUCAGGAACUGGAACAUCUACGGACUGCCCACCGACAACUUCUCCAUAGACAACGGUAUAAUAAUAACGAACUCCCGCAGAUGGCCUCUGAUGAUAGACCCGCAGGGACAGGCGAACAAGUUCGUGAAGAGUAUGGAGAAGGCCAACAACCUCCACAUCAUCAAACUCAGUGACCAGGACUACGUCAGGACACUCGAGAACUGCAUCCAGUUUGGAACUCCAGUUCUUCUGGAAGCAGUAGGCGAGGAACUGGACGCCAUUUUGGAACCCCUUCUGAUGAAACAGGUGUUCAAGCAGAGUGGAUCCAUCUGUAUCAGACUGGGAGACUCCACGAUUGAGUACUCGAAUGAUUUCAGAUUCUACAUCACGACUAAGUUGAGGAAUCCCCACUACCUUCCAGAAACUUCGGUUAAGGUGACGCUGUUGAACUUUAUGAUCACACCUGAGGGUCUGCAAGACCAGCUGUUGGGAAUUGUGGUUGCAAGAGAGAGGCCAGAACUCGAAGAAGAGAAGAAUCAACUCAUUCUGCAGACAGCGAGCAACAAACGACAACUGAAGGAGAUAGAGGACAAGAUCCUGGAAGUUUUGUCGUCUUCAGAGGGUAACAUCUUGGAGGACGAGACAGCCAUCCAGAUCCUGUCUUCGUCCAAAGAGGUGGCGAAUGACAUCACUGAGAAGCAGGUGGUGGCUGAGGACACCGAGAUCAAGAUAGACGAGACCAGAAUGGGAUACACGCCUAUAGCUUCCUACUCGAGCAUUCUCUUUUUCUCGAUCGCCGACCUGGCCAACAUUGAGCCCAUGUACCAAUACUCUCUCGCCUGGUUCAUUAAUCUGUUCACGAUGGCCAUCGACAACUCAGAGAAGUCCGACCAAUUAGAGAAGAGACUGGAGAAUCUGCAGCACUAUUUCCAGUAUCUCCUCUACUGUAAUGUGUGUCGCUCACUCUUUGAAAAAGACAAGCUACUGUUCUCUUUUCUUCUCUGUGUGAACGUCUUACGCACAAAGGGCGAAAUAGAUGAAGACGAAUGGCGAUUUCUGCUAACUGGAGGCAUCGGCCUAGACAACCCCCACCCCAACCCCACAGCAUGGCUCCCCUCCAAAGCAUGGGAUGAGAUAUGUAGACUGGAUGAACUUCCUGUGUUCACUGAUUUGAGAAAGAAGUUUUUGACCCAAAAGGACUACUGGAAAAUGGUUUACGACAGUCCGGAGCCUCACCACCAAAAUUUCCCUGGAGAAUGGCAGGACAAGACGGGCAGCUUCCAACGCAUGCUAAUCAUGCGGUGCAUUCGACCGGACAAAAUAAUCCCAGCACUGCAAGAAUUCGUAUCGGAGAAAAUCGGGCGUCGAUUUGUGGAGCCACCGCCGUUUGAUCUUGCGAAGACUUUUGCGGAUAGUUCGUGUACUGCGCCCAUUAUAUUUGUGUUGUCUCCCGGAGCCGAUCCAAUGGUGGCUUUGCUGAAGUUUGCUGAAGAUAUGGGAUUCGGGGGAGCGAAAAUGAUCACGCUCUCUCUGGGUCAAGGUCAAGGGCCCAUUGCAGUGAACAUGAUUGAGAGAGGGAUCAAGGAGGGCAUAUGGGUUGUACUGCAGAACUGUCACGUGGCAGUGUCUUGGAUGGGCACCCUGGAAAAGAUAUGCGAGGGUAAAUUGAAAGCAGAGCGACAAGCUGUUGUGGAAGUUGACAUUGACGGCAAUGAGGUCAACCCGGAGCAAGUGCACCCCGACUUCCGCCUCUGGCUCACCAGUUACCCCUCCCCCCACUUCCCAGUUUCAGUAUUGCAGAAUGGGGUGAAGAUGACCAAUGAACCCCCCAGAGGCAUAAAGGCUAACAUCCUGAGGUCCUACAUCUCGGACCCGAUCAACGACCCCGAGUUCUUUUCCGGAAACAAACAGAUUAAAGUGUUCAAGAAGAUGCUGUUCGGUCUCUGUUUCUUCCACGCAUUACUUCAGGAGAGGAGGAAGUUCGGACCUCUCGGAUGGAAUAUUCCAUACGAGUUCAACGAGACAGACUUGAGGAUCAGUGUACAACAGUUGUCCAUGUUCCUCAACCAAUAUGAGGAAAUCCCUUUCGAAGCUUUAACUUACCUGGCAGGGGAGUGCAACUACGGCGGAAGAGUGACUGACGACCACGACAGACGCACUCUCCUCACCAUCCUGAACAGAUACUACUGCAACGAGAUUGUACAGCAGAAGUCAUACUGUCUCGAACCAUCCAAACAGUACUGCGCACCCAAUGAUGACGAUUACGACAGAGGGCUGACGUAUGACCUCUACCUGGAGUAUAUUAAGAACCUACCAACCAAUCAGUCGCCAGAAGUGUUUGGGAUGCACGCCAACGCGGACAUCACUAAGGAACAACAGGAGACUCAAAUGCUGUUCAACAACAUACUCAAAACACAGGCUCGUUCUGGAUCGAGAGGCAAACAGAAAACACCGGAUCAAGUUAUAAAUGAAGUUGCCUCAGACAUUCUGGGAAAACUGCCCCCCAACUUCGACACUGAAUCUACUCUGAAGAGUUACCCCACUGAUUAUAAUCAGAGUAUGAACACAGUAUUGGUCCAGGAAAUGGUCAGGUUCAACGUGUUGCUGAUUGUGAUCCGAACAAGUCUGCUUAAUAUUCAAAAAGCAAUAAAGGGUCUGGUGGUGAUGUCGAGUGACCUUGAGGAGGUGUUCCAGAGCAUGUUGAGUGGCAAGAUCCCCCGUAUGUGGAUGGAAAAGUCCUACCCCUCCCUGAAGCCUCUCGGAGGGUACGUGGCAGACUUCUGCGCCAGACUCAGCUUCUUGGAGGAUUGGUGUGAGAACGGCCCCCCAGUGACGUUUUGGAUCUCCCGAUUCUACUUCACUCAGGCCUUCUUAACAGGGGUGCAGCAGAACUACGCCCGCAAAUACACCAUCCCAAUUGACCACCUCAUAUUCGACUUCGAGGUGAUGGACGACAAGGAGUACAAACAGCCCCCCUCAGACGGGGCCUAUGUGAGGGGUCUGUUCAUGGAGGGGGCCAGGUGGGACAGGAAGACAAAACGGAUCAAUGAGUCACACUCCAAACAACUGCAUGACGUCAUGCCUGUAAUCCAGUUGAAACCAAUCAAACGAGACCAGUUAGAAGACAGACUAGUCUACGAUGCGCCAGUGUACAAGACAAGUGAGAGAAGGGGGACAUUGUCAACUACUGGACAUUCGACCAACUUCGUGCUCGAUAUGAGACUCCCGACUGACAAACCCCCUCAGCACUGGGUCCAACAGGGCGUGGCACUAUUGUGUCAACUGGAUAACUAAGAGAAAGUUAAAGGAAAAAACUGUGGAUGAGGAAUCAUUGCAGGAGAAAAAUGACAUAGAAAAUAUCCGGGAACAAACACAACGGUGUACAGCCGAAAUCAUCCCAGUCAAAGUAUUUUCAUUAAAAAAAAUCAUCUCAGAAAGCUAAAAGAAAGCAUUUUGAUUAAAAAUAAUCAAUAUCAUUUGCCUGAUUUCAUUAUUCGAAAGUUUUGAGUCGACGAAAAUCGACAAUGAUGAAAACGAAUCUUACCUUCUGAUUUAUGUAAUCAUCUAUAAUCAAUAGCUGACUUAUUUGUAUCCUAAUUAGUUUAAUGGGGGGAGGGGAGUGUAUUUGACAGGUUUAUUGCAUUUUAACUACACCACGAAAGAAAAAAGCUUAUUACGUAUGCGAAUAAAAAAAAUUUACAAUCAAAGAAAUAAAGUUUGCUCUCUUGCCGCCGCUCCGUGUUUAAAAAGCUGAAAAUCGCGGAUUUAGGGAGAGAGGGGAACGUCUUUUUAUUGUUUUGUGAAAGCUCGGAGAUUGUUUUUAGUCAACCUUGAAAAUCGAGAAAAAUCCCAAUGCCUCGAGAAAAUCCUAGAUCAUGUUGAGUUUUUAAAUUUAAAAAUAGAAUCAAGAAAAAACUUGACGAGUAAACUUGAUGGCGCAGUAAUUUUUGUUGACAAAUUGCAAAUAAAUUCAGUUUUUAAUAAUUCGUUACUCUAAAUAAAAAAAAUGUUUACAUGCAUAGAUACAUCUGGCAUGGAUCGCUGCAACAUCUUUCGGCUCUUUUUCCUUUUCCCCCCACCUGCAAAAUUUUAAAUGUAAAUUUGUUGACCAUAUUGUCCGAUUGUAAUCAACAUUUACAUACGGACUAAUAAGGCCACGACAAACAUAUUUGGUCUCCAUACACAACCUGGUAA